CUGUGCGCACGUUGAUUUCGGUCAUUUUGCCUGGAGAUCUCCGGUUUGAUACGGAAAGCCCGCGAUUUUUAACAUCUGUGUUGAAAAAGCGUGUGUAUAACUUCGUUAUACGGUAGUUAUAUAUUAAUUAAAAUAUAACUAAUUUUUUACGGAGGCAUAAAAUAUAAACAAUCGUCGAUUGAAAAAAAACGAUGGCAGACUAUGUGAUCGGUGACACAAAACCGGCAGAUGUACCCCUACCGGACGAUGGACUUUCAGCAGGACAAUUAUUCACUACUGGUGAUGGUCUUACCUACAAUGACUUUAUUAUUUUACCGGGUUAUAUUGAUUUUACUGCCGACGAAGUUGAUUUAUUGUCGCCGUUGACAAAGAAAAUUAUGAUCAAAGCACCGCUGGUAUCAUCUCCUAUGGAUACAGUUACAGAAUCCGACAUGGCUAUAGCCAUGGCUCUAUGUGGAGGAAUUGGCAUAAUACAUCAUAAUUGUACACCCGAAUAUCAAGCCAACGAAGUGCAUAAGGUAAAAAAAUAUAAACAUGGUUUUAUCAGAGAUCCAGUAGUUUUAUCACCCAAUCAUACAGUCAAAGAUGUUCUAAAUGUAAAAGCUGAACAUGGUUUUUCUGGUAUUCCUAUUACAAAUACUGGAAAAGUUGGGGGUAAAUUAUUAGGCAUUGUAACAUCCAGAGAUAUUGAUUUUUUGGAAAGUACAACAAAUCAGCAAUACAUAAAAUUAGAAACAAUAAUGACAAAAUUAGAAAAUUUGAUUACUGCAACUGCUGGUGUAACAUUACAAGAAGCAAAUAUAAUUCUUGAAAAAUCUAAAAAAGGAAAACUUCCAAUUGUUAAUGAAAAAGGAGAAUUAGUAUCUUUAAUGGCAAGAACUGAUUUGAAAAAAAAUCGUAAUUACCCAAAUGCUAGUAAAGAUGAAAACAAACAAUUAUUAGUUGGUGCUGCUAUUGGUACACGCAAUGCUGAUAAGCAAAGAUUACAACUUCUUGCUGUAGCUGGUGUUGAUGUAAUCGUUUUGGAUUCUUCUCAAGGCAAUUCUAAAUAUCAGAUUGAUAUGAUUAAAUACAUUAAAUCAGAAUAUCCAGAAUUGCAAGUAAUUGCAGGAAAUGCUGUAACAACUAUGCAAGCUAAAAAUCUUAUAGAAGCUGGAGCUGAUGCUCUAAGAGUUGGGAUGGGUUGUGGAUCUAUUUGUAUUACCCAAGAAGUUAUGGCUGUGGGAAGACCUCAAGCAACUGCUGUAUAUAAAGUUGCAGAAUAUGCAAGAAAAUUUGGUGUACCUGUUAUAGCAGAUGGUGGUAUUCAAUCUAUUGGGCACAUUAUCAAAGGUUUAAGUUUAGGGGCUAGUACAGUUAUGAUGGGAUCUUUAUUGGCUGGUACUUCAGAGGCACCAGGUGAAUAUUUUUUUAGCGAUGGUGUCCGUCUAAAAAAAUAUAGAGGUAUGGGUUCCUUAGAAGCCAUGAAUAGAAAAGAUGCACAAGGAUCAGCAAUGGAUAGGUAUUUUCAUAAUGAGAUGGACAAAUUAAAAGUAGCUCAAGGUGUUAGUGGUUCAAUAGUUGAUAAAGGAAGUGUUUUAAAGUUUUUACCUUAUCUAUUAUGUGGUAUUAAACAUGGAUGUCAAGAUAUUGGAGCAAAAUCUCUCUCUACUUUAAGAUCUAUGAUGUAUAGUGGAGAAUUAAAAUUUGAAAGAAGAACACAUUCUGCUCAGCAAGAAGGAAAUGUUCAUAGUCUUUUUUCAUAUGAAAAGAGACUCUUUUAAAUAGAUAAAUAUUAAAUGAGCACCUUACAAAAAAAGAAAGAGUACCUGCAUUUAAUUGCAUAUAACUUUUUUAUGUCUUGGAUUAUGUGAAAUCACAUAUUUAAUUAUGGAUCAACAUGUACUUAUGCAAAAUUGUUUUAUGAAAAAAAUUGUAAUUGUUUUUAACAAUAGAUAAGUGAAAUUUA